UGUUGUGACCGCCCACACGGGCGCCGCCCCUCAGCGCCCUCAGGCCCGUGCGGGUCAUGGCGCGCCGCGAGCCGGGGCUGGUGGAGCCCGCCUGCAACUUCAUCGCGCGGGACAACUACUGGAAAAAAUGCGUCGAAAAGGAAGGAGAUGCUGCAAAAAGAUGGUCUGACAAAUGGGGGUUCUUGAAAACACCUCUCGAGGAGUUGAUAGGAGAUGAAAAAAAGGAUGCAAAGCCCAAGAUAGAGCUUCCAGAACACAUGCGGAUUCGCCCUGUGACACCUGUGGAAAAAUACAUUAAGGUGCUUCCAUCCCCUCCAGUGCCUAAAACCACGCAGGGAUUCAUUGGCUGGAGAUCAGCUGUCCCAGGGCUGGAGCUCGAGAUCGAUCACCAGAUCCGGAGCUGCAAAGGAGCCCUCGGCAGGAGCCUCAACUGACCACGUGAGCCCUCACUGACAUGAUGGAAUAAAGAUUAGGCACUCAGAUCCAUUUGCAGUCCUAGGAAAACUCCUCCAGUGGACCCUUGGACUGUUGAAUAUUUAUGCUUUACAAGUGAUUUACGUAAACAUCCACAAUCAUUUUGGUAAAUGUAUUCUCAUGUAGCAUUUUGCUUGGUAGCGAUUAUUUGAAAUCUGUGGCAUCCAAGCUGUUAACUCUGCUUCAGGUUUACUUCAAAAUAACAAUGAAUACAUUCAGAUAAAGAUCUCAUUAAUAAGACUACAAUUUAAACAUAUUUAUUGCAAGUUGGAAUGACAGAGCAAAUUUUUAUCAUUGUUUCUCCAUGAGAUCCUCCACUCAUACUCAGUUUCACAGCAGCUUCUUCAGACAUAAAUACAGACUGCCAUGCUCCUGACAGUCCAACUGCACUGCUCAUUCCCAGUUCAUCACUUACCAGUGCUGGAAUCUGUGUUUAGAACUAAUUUUCAGUGAGCACUGACCUGGCCCACUGUUGAGUUCUCAGGUGCCUGUGCUGGCACAAAACCAUCUCUCCUGUACAGAGAGGAUGAGAAGAUGCAGAGGAGGGUGUCAGGCAUGACUCGGCUCAGGCUGCCAUGGGACUGCAUCCUUGCAUUUGGAGAGAAGCUUUCCUCAUUAAAACCCAACACACAGCAAACAAACAAAAAACACCUGCAGAAAAAACCCAAAUUAUUAGGCUUCAUCACAGUGUGUCCACUGGAGCUUGAAAAAAGCAGGCAAACCAUAAGUAUAGUCAUAUCAUUAUCAUAAAAUACACUGAGGUUUGUGUUGCGUGUUCUUUGCGGGUAUUUUGUGUAGUUACACACAUUGAGUGGUUCCCAAGUACACAAAUAAAGCGUGCAAGGGCCACAGUGACACGAAAUCACUUUGAAAAAUCAGCUUUGGUAUCAAAACGUUUUUUUUUAUUUAGUUGAUCAGAAUGGAGAUGGGUCACAAGGCAUUUAUGUCACUGCAGUUUUGUGGGUGCCAGUAUUUGUCCCAACCAGGACACAUCAAAUAGUCCGAAACAGCAGUGGAUUGCACUGGGAGUUACUGGUGUAGCUGCCCCUCGUUGUGGAGUUCAGUCCUGCACUUCAUCCCCUGCAGAUUUGCCAGGAUUUUUGGAAACUCGAGGGAGACUCAGUUAGUUGCAGCAGGAUAUAAUUCUAAUUGGCCAACAUGUUUAAACUAGAAGGUUGCUUAAACAAAAAGGAGCCUGCAAGAAGUCAACACAGGCAGCUCCUUCUAACUCCUUAUUGCUUCAAGAGGAAAGACUUUGCUUUUUAAUCCUGCUGCAGGAUCUCCCUUGUGCUCUAUCAGUAUCUACCUCUUGAGUCAGCACUAAGUGCUUGGCUUUCUUAGCAGUAAGUCAGCAGCCAGUGUUUGUUCUUCCCUUCUUCCCAAGAAAUGACUCACAAUGAUCAACAGCCCACCUUUUUUUCUUUUUUUUUAAUCCAGUUCCAAAUGCCCACAAAAUAAUAAUAAUUUACUUUUUCCAUAUUCUUUACAAAUAAUGGAGAAGUGAUUCAUAUCCUUUGGAAGGAUUACCCAAGAAUGAGAACACAUAGCAGGAGUAACUUCAGACACAUUACUUAAAAACCAGAAUAAAGAAUAACUUGGAACCAGACUCUGGAAACUGAAGCUAAAUUGCAGUUUAGCUACUAACUAUAACCUGGGUAAGCUGCUCUUUGAACAGCCAAGAUUAUUGUAAGAACAGUACUUUAAAUCAAUGUGCUUUCUUGUCAUUGCCAGGUUUGUAUCUUGUACUUAUUUUAAUCAUGUGGUUCUUCAGUUUAUUUUAAGGUCAUAAGAUCCUCUAAUUGUCGAUUUAUAUAAACAGGUAUAAUAAUGAUUGAUGUGUAAUUUAGUAGCAACAAAAUGACAUUAAUUCAGGCCAAAUGAAAGGGGAACUCCAAGACCACUGGUUUUCAAAGAGUUGUAUUAACCACAGCUGGCACCUGAUACCCAGUGGAUGUUUGUGUGAAGUGAAAGCCAAACCCAGAUGAACUGUGGUUUGAUUUUGAAAACCAAAAUAAAGUCUUUGUCCAGCAUCUA